CAUUAUAACACUGCGCUUUAACCAACUGAGCUAACUGGCUGGCCGAAGGGUGACAAAUUCUGACACCUACCUUGCCAUCAGGUAUCAGAAGCAUGUGCACACAUAUCGCAUCCUGCCGGAUGGAGAAGACUUCCUGGCUGUGCAGACCUCGCAGGGUGUGCCCGUGCGCCGCUUCCAGACCCUUGGUGAGCUCAUCGGCCUGUACGCCCAGCCCAACCAGGGCCUUGUGUGCGCCCUGCUCCUGCCAGUGGAGGGGGAGCGAGAGCCAGACCUGCUGGAUGACCGAGAUGCCUCAGAUGGGGAGGAUGAGAAGCCCCCAUUGCCCCCGCGCUCUGGCUCCACCAGCAUUUCCCCCGUUGGGGCCUAGUAGCCCUCAGCCAGCCCCCGAGACUCCCACAACACCAGCUGCUGAGAGUGCUCCCAAUGGGCUGAGCACCGUCUCGCAUGAGUACCUGAAGGGUAGCUACGGGCUGGACCUGGAGGCUGUGCGGGGUGGAGCCAGCAACCUGCCUCACCUCACCCGCACCCUUGCUACCUCAUGCCGGAGGCUGCACAGUGAGGUGGACAAGGUUCUGUCGGGCCUGGAGAUCCUGUCCAAGGUGUUUGACCAGCAGAGCUCCCCCAUGGUGACUCGCCUUUUGCAGCAGCAGAACUUGCCACAGACUGGGGAGCAGGAACUAGAGAGCCUGGUGCUGAAGCUGUCAGUGCUAAAGGACUUCCUGUCAGGCAUCCAGAAGAAGGCCUUGAAGGCCCUACAGGACAUGAGCUCCACAGCACCCCCAGCUCCACUGCAGCCAUCCACACGUAAGGCCAAGACCAUCCCUGUGCAGGCCUUUGAGGUGAAGCUAGAUGUGACCCUGGGUGACCUGACCAAGAUCGGAAAGUCGCAGAAGUUCACACUGAGCGUUGAUGUGGAGGGUGGGCGGCUGGUGCUGCUGCGGAGACAGCGGGACUCCCAGGAAGACUGGACGACCUUCACGCAUGACCGCAUCCGUCAGCUCAUUAAGUCCCAGCGUGUCCAGAACAAGCUGGGUGUUGUGUUUGAGAAGGAGAAGGACCGGACCCAGCGCAAGGACUUCAUCUUUGUCAGUGCCCGGAAGCGGGAGGCCUUCUGCCAGCUGUUGCAGCUCAUGAAGAACAAGCACUCCAAGCAGGACGAGCCUGACAUGAUCUCUGUCUUCAUAGGCACCUGGAACAUGGGAAGUGUGCCACCUCCAAAAAACGUGACAUCUUGGUUCACAUCGAAGGGUCUGGGGAAGACCCUGGAUGAAGUCACAGUGACCAUACCCCAUGACAUCUAUGUCUUUGGGACCCAGGAAAACUCUGUGGGUGACCGCGAAUGGCUGGACCUAUUGCGCGGGGGCCUUAAGGAGCUCACGGAUCUGGAUUACCGCCCAAUUGCCAUGCAGUCACUGUGGAACAUCAAGGUGGCCGUGCUGGUCAAGCCAGAGCAUGAGAACCGCAUCAGCCAUGUCAGUACGUCCAGUGUGAAGACUGGUAUCGCCAACACCCUGGGGAACAAGGGAGCUGUGGGUGUCUCCUUCAUGUUCAAUGGCACCUCAUUUGGCUUUGUGAAUUGUCAUCUCACCUCUGGAAAUGAGAAGACUGCCCGGCGGAACCAGAACUACCUGGAUAUCCUGCGUCUGCUCUCGCUGGGCGACCGGCAGCUCAGUGCGUUUGACAUCUCCCUGCGUUUCACUCACCUUUUCUGGUUUGGGGACCUCAACUACCGCCUGGACAUGGAUAUCCAGGAGAUCCUGAACUACAUCAGCAGGAAGGAGUUUGAGCCCCUGCUUAGGGUGGACCAGCUCAGCUUAGAACGGGAGAAGCACAAGGUCUUCCUUCGAUUCAGUGAGGAGGAGAUCUCCUUCCCACCCACCUACCGCUAUGAGCGCGGUUCUCGGGACACAUACGCCUGGCACAAGCAGAAGCCAACUGGGGUCCGGACCAACGUGCCCUCAUGGUGUGACCGGAUUCUCUGGAAAUCCUACCCUGAGACCCACAUCAUCUGCAAUUCCUAUGGUUGCACUGAUGACAUCGUCACCAGCGACCACUCACCUGUGUUUGGGACAUUUGAAGUUGGAGUUACCUCUCAGUUCAUCUCCAAGAAAGGGCUCUCAAAGACUUCAGACCAGGCCUACAUUGAAUUUGAGAGCAUCGAGGCCAUUGUGAAGACAGCCAGCCGCACCAAGUUCUUCAUUGAGUUCUACUCCACCUGCCUGGAGGAAUACAAGAAGAGCUUUGAGAAUGAUGCCCAGAGCAGUGACAACAUCAACUUCCUCAAAGUGCAGUGGUCCUCACGCCAGCUGCCCACGCUCAAGCCAAUUCUGGCUGACAUCGAGUACCUGCAGGACCAGCACCUCUUGCUCACAGUCAAGUCCAUGGACGGCUAUGAAUCCUAUGGGGAGUGCGUGGUGGCACUCAAGUCCAUGAUUGGCAGCACGGCCCAGCAAUUCCUGACCUUCCUGUCCCACCGCGGCGAAGAGACAGGCAACAUCCGUGGUUCCAUGAAGGUGCGGGUGCCCACGGAGCGCUUGGGCACCCGUGAGCGGCUCUACGAGUGGAUCAGCAUUGAUAAGGAUGAAGCAGCAACAAAGAGCAAAGCCCCUUCUGUGUCCCGAGGCAGCCAGGAGCCUCGCAGGUCAGGGAGCCGCAAGCCAGCCCCCACAGAGGCUUCUUGCCCAUUGUCCAAGUUAUUUGAAGAAACAGAGAAACCACCACCAACUGGGAGGCCUCCAGCCCCACCCCGAGCAACUCCCCGGGAGGAACCCUUGACCCCCAGGUUGAAGCCAGAGGGGGCACCUGAGCCAGAAGGGGUGGCAGCCCCCCCACCGAAGAACAGCUUCAACAAUCCUGCCUACUAUGUCCUUGAAGGGGUUCCGCACCAGCUGCUGCCCCCAGAGCCACCGUCGCCUGCCAGGGCUCCUGUCCCGCCUGCUACCAAGAACAAAGUGGCCAUCACAGUGCCCGUUCCACAGCUUGGACGCCACCGGCCCCCACAUGUGGGAGAGGGAAGCUCAUCAGAUGAGGAGUCUGGGGGCACGCUGCCCCCUCCAGACUUUCCACCCCCACCACUGCCAGACUCGGCCAUCUUUCUGCCCCCCAGCCUGGAUCCUUUGCCAGGGCCAGUGGUCCGGGGCCGUAGUGGCGGUGAGGCACGUGGCCCACCACCUCCCAAGGCCCAUCCAAGGCCCCCACUGCCCCCAGGCCCCUCACCUGCCAGCACUUUCUUAGGAGAGGCAGCCAGUGGGGACGACCGGUCCUGCUCAGUGCUGCAGAUGGCUAAGACACUGAGUGAGGUGGAUUACGCUCCUGCUGGGCCUGGCCGCUCAGUGCUCCUCCCAAGCCCACUGGAGCUGCAGCCACCCAGAGCUGCCCGUGGAUUAUGGCCGGCCCCUCAGCUUCCCUCCGCCCCGCAUCAGAGAGAGCAUCCAGGAGGACCUGGCAGAGGAGUGACAUCACUGAGGAGGACCUGGAGGAGGCUGGAGUGCAGGACCCGGCUCACAAGCGCCUCCUUCUGGACACUCUGCAGCUCAGCAAGUGAUAGUGGUGGGACCGCGAAGUUGCGAACUCAGCGCCCCUCCCCUUCUACGGAGACCCAGCCAUAACUUCCCCCGGGUUGGAAAGUUGUGAGGGGCGGGGAAGUACCUCUGCCUAUUUAUUGGGGAUCUGCGUUUCCCACUGCCCAACCAUUUGGAAUGCCCUAAUUAGGACAUCCUGCACCUCACCUUUUAGGCCUAGGGCUCCGGAGGUCAGUUGCCGUGGUUACCACGGAUCUUGGCUACUCUGAUGCUGUCCUCUUUUUUCUGGACCCCUCCUCCCAGUCCCAGGGGUACCCGUAGGGGUCCAGCUGGGUACGUCUGGGUCCCCACUUUCACCGCUGUUUCUGUUGCCCCCCAGCGGGCCUGAACCACAGGGGAGGAGCUCCUCUAGGAUCUCCCCCAACCCCCACUCAAGGGGUGUCCGUCCGGAAAUGAAGGAACAGCCCGAAGACCGGGCUGGGGGUUAUUUAAGCUUUUCUGUGUGGGUUUGGGGAGGGAGGGCACCUUAAUAUUAUUGGGGUCGGUUGGAGGGGUCAGGAUCUCGGCCAUAAAGUGCUAGUUUGCGUAGUUCUCACUGUCUCCUGGUCUAUGCCGCCCUGCGCUGGGGCGGCGGAGGGUGGAGGGGGGUGGUCCUUCCUGGACGUCGCAACCGGGGACAGGGUUCUUGCCGGCAGCCUGUUCCCAUCCUGGGCACUCAGAAGGGUUGCCAGCAUAAUGUCUUCAAUAAAUUAAGUUUUAUUUGGAUUGAACAAAA